ACACAUUGCGAGGGUUUAAGGAGUUGAAGUGAAUUUGGAGAAGUCGAAGUGUGAGAAAGGAGCAUGAACAUGGACAUGAACAUGAACAUGAAGAACCCUACUCUCCCUCUCGAGUUGAUCAGUGAGAUUCUUCUGAGAUUGCCGGUGAGUUCCGUCAUGCGUUUCAAGCUUGUCUGUAAGUCAUGGCUUUCUCUUAUCUCCGAGCCCCGAUUUGGCCUUUCCCAUUAUGACCUAGCCGCUUCCCCCUCCCAUCGCCUCAUUCUCAUAUCAAACGAUUAUUACGCCGAAUCAAUCGACAUCCAAACACCGCUUAACAUGCACUCCGCCGUCGUGCGUUUCCCUCUCCCUCCUACCUCACCCCCUUUCCGCGACGAAUAUCGCCACGAUCAUCGCGACAAACACGAGAUCAUAGGCUCCUGCAGAGGCCUCGUUGUCUUAUACUACGAGCGAAGCUGCGAUCUCAUUAUUUGGAAUCCAUCAAUAGGUGUCUACGAACUGUUACCCAAAUUCGAUUACGGUCUAACCCGUUUUUAUCUGUACGGCUUUGGCUACGACACUGCCUCAGAUGACUACCUGCUAAUCCUCAUUGGAUUGUUCAAUGAGUACAGGAGUGAUGACGAGUCUGAAAUCGAUGAUUCCGAGGAUGACCAGCCUGAAGACGCUGAAUGCAAAGUUAAUUACCAGAUUAUCUGCUUUAAGUCUGAUUCGUUCAACACUGGUGAUGUUUUUGUUUCCUAUGAGAUUCUCGCUGAUAAAUUCAGAGGUGGGGUGCUCUUCAAUGAGGCUCUUCAUUGGUUGGUUUUCUCCAAGGAGAAAAGGGUUCCUGUUAUUUUUUACUUUGAUCUGAUACAAAGGAGUUUUUCGGAGAUUCCUCUGUUUGAUCGUUUCACUAUGGAGGAAUAUGAUGUUAAUAGUUUCAGGGUAAUGGGGGGAUGUCUUAGCGUGUGUUGCUCACUCCGAGAUUAUGCAAUGGAUGAAAUAUGGGUGAUGAAGGAGUAUAAAGUGGAGUCAUCUUGGACCAAGUCUGUUGCUUUUGCUUCCACUGGCUUUUCCCCUAUAUGCAUCGCUGGAGAUGGUGGAAUUAUUGGAUCAAAUUUUAGUGGAAGAUUGGAGAAGCUAAAUGACAAAGGAGAGGUGCUUGACUAUUUUGUAUAUGGUGAAGGUCAGUGGUUGUACUCUGCUGAGCUUCAGUCUGCUGUAUAUAGAGAGAGUCUAGUGUCACUCUCCAGUGUCGUCCCGGAAACAAGGGAAUAUGACCAUGGGGAAACAAGUGAAGAUGAUUCUGGGGAAACAGUUUUCUAUAGAGAGAGUCUACUGUCAAUCUCUGGUGUCAUUCCGCAAACAGGGGAGUAUGAGCAUGGGGAAACAAGUGAAGAUGAGCAUGGGGAAAUAAGUGAAGAUGAGCAUGGGGAAACAAGUGAAGAUGAUCACUGGGAAACAAGUGAAGAUGACCAUGGGGAAACAAGUGAAGAUGACCAACAGUGACAGACAAGAAAAACGAGGGCCUCGAAAUAUGAAGAAUGUGUACCGUUUCCUUGAUGUCACUUUCAUACAAAUGGUGGCACUGCUAGCAGAAAGCAUAGAACUUGGAAGAGAAUUUCAAUAUGUGAUAUUAGAUUAUCAAGUGUCAGUGCAGAACUAAUUUAAGUAUUAUAACGGUGAUUUCGGUGAAGUUGUAGUAUUGACAGACUUUAUAAUUUUGCUAUGUUUCAGAGUUGACAAAUCGUAGUUGGUGUUGUUCAUGCUAUUUAGUUCCUUUUACCUUUUCCCCUCUAAAUGUUAUUAUGUUUUCCGUUUGUUUCUCUAACUCUUGUUUACAUAGUUUACAGAUUCAAAUCCUACUUAUUUGAUUAUUUCCCAGUAUUUAGGUGCCAUUUUUGGUAAAAGCAGUUAAUGAUUUUUAUAAGUUUAUGUGUUGCUCUUUUUGACUCGAAGUUGUGGAGACGUAGUUGGAUCUUAAUUACCUGGGAGCUAAUAAAAGGGUUAAGGCGAAAGGAUUUGUAACUAAUUAAGUUGUGAUAUGUACCAAUCUUGCAUACAGUUGGUUUAACCUGCUCA